AUGACUUCUCAUAUGCCAAAUGGCGCCUUUCCACCCGGCUCGGUAGGCACCGCUGACGACUGGUCCAUGCCUCGUUACGACAGCGGUCCCUACGCGGCCGCCGGUCCACCUGGAGGACCUGGAGGACCUGGACCUGGGGGACCUGGAGGAUAUGGUGGACCUGGACCUGGAGGGCAUGGAGGACCUGGAGGGCAUGGAGGACCUCGAGGACCUCCACCGAACUCUCACAAGCCCUAUCCGCCCCCCGGAGGUCCUCCGUUUCCUCAGAACGGACAAAUGCACAUGCCCCCCGGGCGAGGAAAUCUCUACACCCCUCCCGCCUCCGCCGCUGGCUCCGGACGUACCUCCGCAUCCACCACCGUUACCGACUCACGCGGCCCUCCUCCCGGCCACCCCUCCCCUCCCGCAUCCAUUGCCCGCUCCAGCAUGGGUACCGGGCCCCGCGCCCCCUCCGUCGCCGGCAGCAUCGAUUCGCGACGCGCCUUCGUCAUGGAAGAAUCCCUCAACGAGCACUAUCACGUCCUCCAGAACUUUCUCUCCGCCUCCCUCGCCCAAGCCACCGCCGCCCGCCAAAACGACCGCGCACAAGCCAAGCUCCUCCGGCUGACCCUCGUGCAAUUCCAAGAGCUCAGCACCGACGUCUACGACGAGCUCCUCCGACGCGAAGCCGUUCGAGCCAAGGGCGGCCCCAAUGCGCCGAACAACGAUAUCCCGAGAUAUCUCCUCGCCAAACAAACCUUCCACUUCAAGCGCAACCAGGCCCGCCAGAAGCUGAGCACCCUGCCGACCGAUCGCUUCCGCCUGCUGGCCACCGACGUGUACUUCGAGCUGGAGCGCCGAUAUCCUCGGUUUACCGGCGCAGAGAUGUCUCGCGCGGCGAGCCCCGCCCCGAGCACCGCGAGCAGUCGCCGCGCGCCGUCGAGCGUAGGGGGUGGGUCGAUGAUGGGGCCGGGCGGGUAUCGGGGGCCGCCGAGGGGGCCGCCGGGAUCGAUGAGGCCGGGGAUGCCGCCACCGGGAGCGAAUGGAUAUUCACAACGGGAGAGCUCGGCGAGUCAGCGGUCGAUGGGGGGAGGGAUGGGGAAUGAUUUGGGGAGGCCGUUGCCGAAGACGUUUCAGAGUAAUACGAUCGUGCCGAAUAAGAGUACGAUGGUGGAGGACGAUGAUGAGCCGAGUGGGGUGGAGGAUGAGGAUGAUCAGAUGGAUGCGUUUGGGUUGGAGGGGGCGGCGAGGAGGGGAACGGAGGCGAGCAUUGGAGGCGUUCAGAGUAAGAUGAUCGACGAGUAUCGGUCGCAGAUCACGCAAUUGGAAGAGAAAGUCGACGGUCUCGAAGCGAAUCUUCGCGAGAAGGUCUCGGAAAUCGACGAGCUUCGAGCAUUCAACAAGGAUCGAGAAGACGCUCGCGAUAAAGAACGCGCCGAAUGGUCCAACACCCGUUUUGGACUCGAACGCCAGAUCACCGAUGCUCAAUCACUCCACGACUCCCUGAAAUCCGAAAUCGACAAACUCCGUCUUGAAAACGUCGAUCUCUCCUCCCGUCCACCCCCGUCUCCUUCCAGCGACCCGCAAGCUAUGGAUGCCCUUCGUACCGAAGCAUCCCACUUCCUUGCCGAAAUGCGUGCCCUCACGGACUCCCACUCCGCAGCCGUCGACCGCGAAGAGGAGCUGUUGAAACGCGUGGCCGACCUUGAAAUCGACCUGAAGGACUGGAAGACGCGGUAUGCACGCGCGAGGACGCAGCUACGGAGCGUCAGGACCAGCUCCUUGGGACUGAGUGGAUCUGGCGGUGCAAUCCCCGACGCCAUGGCGGCUGCCCGCGAGGAGCAAUUCAUGCGGCAGGCCGGUGCAGUCCGCGACGUUGCGGUAUCCCGCUGGCAGCUCGCGAUCGACGAUCUCCUGCGUGACGGACGUGGCGGAGAUGCCCGCGUGAUCAUGGAAGCCGUGAAGAACGUGGUCAUCUCGGUGCGCCGCGUCACGAACGAUCUUGAGGCGUCGGACGCGAACAACAUGGGACUGAUGAAUGGGGACUCGGAAAAGCACAUAAAGCAGGUCAACCGAUUGAAGAUGCGCGUGUCCGCCGCCACGAACAACCUCAUCACCGCAUCGAAGAACCACGCCAGCGCCGCCGGCAUCGCCCCCGUCUCGCUCCUCGAUGCCGCCGCAUCCCAUCUCUGCACCGCGCUCGUCGAGCUCCUCCGCCUCGUUGGCGUCCGCAAAGCCGACCCCUCCGAAUUCGACGCCCUCGACGACGACGCCCCCACCUCCCGCGAAGUCCGCGGCUACUCCUCCACCAGCGUCGGCAGCGGCGCCGAUAGUCGCGGCUACUACUCCUCCAGUUACGGGAGCACCGCCGCGCCGACCCUGAACGGCGGGCCUGUCAACAGUGUCAAGCCGCUCGUCAACGGUCACAUCCGCAACCUCUCCCGCGUCUCCGCCAACAGCAGCUACAGCACCACCAGCGCCGGCUCCCGCGCCUACCCCAAUGCCCUCCGCCUCUCCCGCGGCGUCCGCAGCACCCCGUCCUGGGACGCCAACACCCCGCCGACCUCGUACCCCGCCGCCACCUACGCCAACGCCUACACCAACGCCUACGGCAACCUCAACGACAUCACCGAGGACGGCACCGCGAACCCCGGCACGGAAUUCACCGACGACCACGAACGCCGCGCCGUCCUCGAUCUCAAAGACUAUCUCGAAGACCGCACCGCGCAGCUCGUCAACUCCAUCCAACCCCUCGUCGCGAGCAUCCGCGCGCGGCCCGUCGGCGCGGAGCUAACCGCGCAGGACGCGGAGACGGUGGCGCGCUACGUGGAGGACAUUAUCGGGAGCACAGGGGAGAUCAGCUCCCGGGCGAGGGGAUUAGCAGAGCAGGGGGGCAAGGGGGUGUUGGGGGCGGUGGGGAAACAUGUGCCGCCGGUAGUGGGUGUGUUGGAGGAAUGUAAGGAGAGGUUGGGGGAGGAGUUGAUGGAGAUGAGGAGGAGAGGGGAUGGGGUGGGGAGGGAGAGGGUACCGCCGGUAGCGUUUCGGGUGGCGAGGGGGACGAAGGAGUUAUUGCUUCGCGUCGAGCGUAUUGAGAGCGGUGAACUCACGGCCGAGAUGGAUCUACCGAUGGAGAUUUAA